AUGAAGAUGGCUUUGCGUUCCAAAAAUAAAUUGGCAUUUGUAGAUGGAAGAAUUGACAUUCCUGAUGCAGAUGAUCCAAUGUUCGUUGCAUGGGAUAGAUGCAACACCAUGAUUCUCUCUUGGAUUCAUAAAUUUAUUUCAGAAUCAAUUGCAGAGUCAGUAUUAUGGGCUGAUAGAGUAAUUGAUGUUUGGAAUGAUUUGAAAGAAAGGUUUUCUCAAUCAGAUGUUUUCAGAAUUUCUGAUCUUGAAGAUGAUAUUCUUAAGCUGCAACAAGCAGAUUCAUUAGUUGCAGAUUACUUUACACAAUUAAAAAGUUUGUGGGAUGAGAUGGACAGUCUUGAACCAAUUCCAUCGUGUAGAUGCCAACCAACUUGUGCUUGUGGUCUUGUGAACCAAGUCAAAUCCAUGAGGGAAAGAAGCCGUGUAAUCAAAUUUUUGAAGGGACUUAAUGAUCAAUUCUCACAUGUCAGAUCCCAGAUGAUACUUAUUGAACUUUUACCUGGUGUAAAUAAAGCCUUUUCUUUAGUAAUUCAGCAAGAAAGAAGAUUGAAUCUUGAUGUUGGAAUUAAUAAUCAAGUAGAGCCCCAAGGUUUUGCUAAUGCAGUUGAGCAAAAUAGAACAAGAAGUGAAUUUGCAGGAAGAGGACGUGGUCGAAGUAGCUAUGAAAGAGAACGUGGGACUAUCACAAAAUUUUGUACACAUUGCAAGAAAACCAACCAUACUAUUGAGAGUUGUUAUUUCAAACAUGGGUUUCCUCCAGGUUACAGAACAAAAGGACAUAUGGCCAACCUCACUGUUCAAGAUUCACAAGAAACAAAUGAUCAUUAUGAAUUCAUCCCAGAAGCAAUUUUCACCAAAGAACAGCACCAAGAAUUAAUGAAUUUGCUGCAAAAAUCCAAAGAGGGAAAUCAAGUACAUGCCUCUAAUAUUGUUCAAACAUCUGCAUUCAAUAUAGAAUAUGAAAAAUCAAGUAAGAAAUCUAUAUUUGGGAUAUUAGAUACUGGAGCCACAGACCAUAUCACCUACACAACCUCCCAAUUUUCUUCUUUUCAUAGAAUUAAACCUAUAUCAUUCACAUUACCUGAUGGAUUAACAACAGUUGCUGAUCAUUCUGGCACUGUUUCCUCGAAGAAGAUUGGUUCAGCUAAGCAGUUGAAUGGUUUAUACAUCUUUCAACUAGAUAGAGAUUCAAGAUAUGUCAAAUCAAACUCUUGCAAUAAUACUGUUGUGGAUCAAGGAAGCCUUUGGCAUUUACGACUAGGACAUCCUUCAAAUUCUGUUCUUAAAUCCAUCUUCCACACAGAACCCAAAUCUUACUCUCAGGCUUCUAAACUUGAAUGUUGGAGGAAAGCUAUGAAUGACGAAUUAUCUGCUCUAGAGCAAAAUCAGACCUGGAAACUUGUUACUCUUCCUCAUGGAAAACAACAAAUUGGUUGCAAAUGGGUCUACAAAAUUAAAUACGAGGCAGAUGGUACUAUAGAGGGAUAUAAGGCUAGGUUUGUAGCCAAAGGGUACACACAACUUGAAGGGAUUGACUAUCUUGAAACUUUCUCUCCGGUAGUCAAAAUAACUACAGUUCGAGUUCUUCUUGCAAUUGCCACUGCACAAGGUUGGUUCAUGGAGCAAUUGGAUGCAAGUCGUCAAUGGAAUGCAAAACUAGUUACUUCUCUUCUUCAACUCGGAUUUAUUCAAUCUUCUGUUGAUCACUCACUAAUGAUUAAAAGAGCUGGUACCAACUUUACUGCUCUGCUUAUAUAUGUUGAUGAUAUAGUAGUUACUGGAAAUUGUCUUGAAGAAAUCAAUCGAGUUAAACAACACCUUGAUUCUCAAUUCAAAAUCAAGGACUCGGGACCAUUACAUUUUUUCUUGGGAUUAGAAGUGGCUCGUUCAAAAUCUGGGCUUCUUAUAAGUCAACGAAAAUAUGCUUUAGAAUUGAUAUCUGAUGUUGGCCUCCUUGCAGCCAAACCUUGCAAAACUCCUAUGGAUUCAAAUCUCAAGUUACAAAAGGUUCAAGGUGAUCCUUAUCAUGAACCAGCUGCGUAUCGUAGAUUCAUUGGGCGUCUUCUUUAUCUUACCACAAUUAGGCCAGAUAUAAAUUUUGUUAAUCAGUUCAUACCCACUGCUUUUGCUGAUGCAGAUUGGGCAUGUUGUAUUGAUACUAGACACUUUGUUUCUGGACAAUGUAUUUUUUUGGGUUCUGCUCUUAUUUCCUGGAGAUCUAAAAAGCAAACUACAGUGAGUCGCUCAUCAUCAGAAGCAGAAUAUUGGGCACUUGCUAGUCUUUCUUGUGAACUUCAAUGGAUCUCUUUUUUACUCAAGGACCUCCAUUUUCCUGUGCUCAAACCUAUCUCUGUUUUCUGUAAUAGUCAGUCUGCAAUUCAUCUUGCACAUAAUCCUAUGUUUCAUGAAAGGAGUAAGCACAUUGACAUUGAUUGUCAUGUGAUUCGUGAACGUAUCUCUUCAGGACUUGUGCAUCUCAUGCCCAUUCGCUCCUCUGCUCAAAUUGCUGACAUCAUGACUAAGCGCUGCCACCAACUCAAUUUCAUACUCUCUUGUCCAAGUUGGGGAUGA